ACAAAGAGAAUGCUGACBGGAAAUGACUCCCUGGUGACUGAGUUUGUUCUGGCUGGAUUAACAGAUCUCCAGGAGCUUCAGCUUCCCCUCUUUCACCUGUUCCUAAUGAUCUACAUUGUCACCAUCGUGGGCAACUUUGGCUUGCUCACACUUAUUGGUCUCAAUUCUCACUUGCACACCCCUAUGUACUACUUCCUCUUCAACCUGUCCUUCAUUGAUCUCUGUUACUCUUCUGUUUUCAGCCCCAAAAUGUUGAUGAACUUUGUCUCCAAGAGGAAUGCCAUCUCCUAUGUGGGGUGCAUGACUCAGCUGUUCUUCUUUCUCUUUUUUGUCAUCUCCGAGUGCUACAUGUUGACCUCAAUGGCCUAUGAUCGUUAUGUGGCCAUCUGUAACCCAUUGCUGUAUAGGGUCACCAUGUCCCAGCAGGUCUGUUCUGCAUUGUCUCUUGGUGCCUAUGUGAUGGGAUUUGUUGGUGCCGCUGCCCACACAGGCUGCAUGCUUAGACUGACCUUCUGCAAUGCCAAUGUCAUCAACCAUUACUUGUGUGACAUACUCCCCCUCCUCCAACUUUCUUGCACCAGCACCUAUGUCAAUGAAGUAGUGGUUCUUGUUGUGGUGGGCAUUAAUAUCACAGUCCCCAGCUUUACCAUAUUGACUUCUUACAUCUUCAUUCUUACCAGCAUUCUUCACAUCAAAUCCACUCAUGGAAGAUCAAAAGCCUUCAGUACCUGCAGCUCUCACAUCAUUGCUAUUUCUCUCUUUUUUGGAUCAGGUGCAUUCAUGUAUCUUAAAUAUUCUUCUCCUGGAUCUAUGGAUCAGGGAAAAAUUUCUUCUGUUUUCUACACUAAUGUGGGUCCCAUGCUCAACCCUUUGAUCUACAGUUUGAGGAACAAGGAUGUCMAAGUUGCACUUAGGGAAGUCAUGACUAAAAUUAAAAAGAGAGACAAAUUGUAA